AUGGCGCCCACCACGUGGAAUGUGGAUGAGGCAGAUGCACUCUAUGAAGACUUGCGCCAGCUGGAAACACUCAUGGCCGUGGAGGACAAAGACAUGUCCUCAGCAGACCAGCUGCAUGUGGAUACCUUUAUGAAGGCGUUUCCUCAGGUGAAACAGGAACUUGAGGAAUGCAUAGGAAAGCUCUACACACUUGCGGAUGAGGUUGACAAGGUACACAAGGACUGCACCAUCACCCAAGUGGCGGCCUCUUCCACGGGCAUUGUGUCUGGCAUUCUGACCAUCGUUGGCCUGUCUCUGGCACCUGUGACAGCAGGAGCUAGUCUGGUGCUUUGGGCAACUGGGGUGGGACUGGGGGCAGCAGCUUCUGUGACCAGUGUGACCGCCGGCAUAGUGGACUUCGCAAAGAAAAAGUCAGCAAAAGCCAAAGCCAGCCGCCUAGUGUCAACUGGCAAUGACACAGGGAACUUGGUCAUGGAGGAUCUACAUCGCAACACAUUCAAAAUUGGGCUCCUUUUAAAAAAGUGCAGCCAAUCCCUGGUAGAUAUUUUGGAGAAUUGCCAGGCCUUCAAGCUGGCCAAAUCCAAUCCUCUCUUUGCAGCUGAGGCUACAAGUGUCAUUCGCACUGGGACAAUCUCAGGCCAAAGCAGCAAGCAGCUACAGAAAGCUUUUGCUGGCACUGCUCUGACAAUGAGCAAAGGAGCCAGAAUUGCUGGUAUAGCCACUGCAGGUUUUUUCCUUCUCGUGGAUGUAAUCCAGCUAGUGAAAGAGUCAAAGCACUUACAUGAGGGCGCAAAGGCUCCAUCGGCUGAAGAGUUGAGGAAGCAGGCCCAGGAGCUGGAGAGCAUGUUGAAAGAAAUCACCUGCAUUCACAAAAGUCUACAGGAGGAACUGACUCUGUUUUCCCAGAUAAUCGUUGAGAGAAGCCAGAGCAUUGUCACCGACUGCAGCAGCCUGAAUUUUGAGACCAUUCCACAGAGGCUCACCGACCUGCGGCAGCUGUCGGGCCUCCUCAUCGAGGAGAUGGAGAAGCGGCACCAGCGGACUGAGACUUGCCCCAAUGACAACAAUGCAGAAGAAGAAAUGAAGGGUAUGCAAGGGGCCGAGAUUCUGACUAGCGUUG